CUGCGAUACAGUGAAGCGCCUGUGGCCGCCAUCUUGGUCUCGGGUGGCCCCGAUUUGGGAGGUGGAAUAGGAGGAGAGGAGGAGGGCCAACCAUGCGGAAGUGACGCGCUGCGCCGCCAUGUCUUUUGAGGGCGGUGACGGCGCCGGGCCGGCCAUGCUGGCUACGGGCACGGCGCGGAUGGCGUCAGGGCACCCCGAGGAGCUGUGGGAGGCCGUGGUGGGGGCUGCCGAGCGCUUCCGGGCCCGGACGGGCACGGAGCUGGUGCUGCUGACCGCUGCGCCCCCACCCCACCCCCGCCCGGGCCCUUGCGCCUAUGCAGCCCACGGCCGCGGAGCCCUGGCCGAGGCUGCCCGCCGCUGCCUCCAUGACAUCGCCCUGGCCCACAGGGCCGUGGCUGCCACCCGGCCCCCCGUGCCCCCACCAGCACCACAGCCGCCCAGCCCUGCACGGAGCCCACCCCAGCCUACCCUGGCCAGGGAGGAAGAUGAGGAUGAUGAGGAGCCAACAGAGACAGAGACUUCUGGAGAGCAGCUGGGCGCCAGUGAUAACGGAGGGCUCUUUGUGAUGGAUGAGGAUGCCACACUCCAGGACCUGCCCCCUUUCUGCGAGUCAGACCCUGAGAGCACAGACGAUGGCAGCCUGAGUGAGGAGACCCCCGCCGGCCCCCCAGCCUACUCACUGCCCCCGGCCUCGGCCUUGCCCACACAGCAGUAUGCCAAGUCCCUACCUGUGUCUGUGCCUGUCUGGGCCUUCAAGGAGAAGAGGACAGAAGCACGGUCAUCAGACGAGGAGAACGGGCCGCCCUCCUCUCCAGACCUGGACCGCAUCGAGGCGAGCAUGCGCGCGCUGGUACUGCGGGAGGCCGAGGACACCCAGGUCUUCGGGGACCUGCCCCGGCCAAGGCUCAACACCAGCGACUUCCAGAAGCUGAAGCGGAAAUACUGAGGUCCUGGGAGGGAGCUUCCAGGCCCGGCGUCCGCCCUGCCGCACACUACACCCCAGCCCCGCCCCGGAGCCUGCCAAUCCGAGUCAGAUCCGGGACUGGCCUCCCCAGGACUGACCGGUCCCCGCCAUACGCUGCACCCUUUCAGCCCUCCCCUCCCUAUCCAGUUUCCUGAAUGGGUCUGUCGCCCCCUUCUCAGCCCAGCGACAGAUUCUAUUAAGGGAUUGGCCCUGUGGGCGACGUGGGUAGUUCUAAGCCCUAAAUGGGUCAACUCCGUCGUUUUCCGCUUAGUGACAAGGGCUCUGCUCGCGGGCAUUGGCCCCAUCCCUGGAAGACGGCCAAGCCCGAGGAUUGGGCAUUGGCACACCCCUUCCCCCCAGCGAAGUGGCAGCUCCUUCGUUUGAUUGGGUCGACCCCGAAGGGCUUGACCAAUCCGCUGAGAGUCACUAUCCGCCCUUCCUGGGCUCUCCCAUCUGAUUGGCUUCAGCCUCGGGGCGUGGCUGAGCCCUCCUUCGCCCAGGAUCGGCCUGCGGCCUUAAUUUACGUUCUUUUACACUACUGGGGCUGGGGUCGUUUUUGACCUAGUCCUGACAAUUUGUCCUUCUGACCCCCUCCUCAGGGAUGGUUCAGACCUGUCCCUGCGUCUGAUGCCCUCUCAUUGGUUCCAUCCCACAACAGCCUGCCAAUCGAAGCCCGUCCUUGCUUGCGUCCUGGACGGCACCAGCCUCCCACCCCUCUCCCCCCACCCCAACAGGUGCCUUAAAGGAUCCUCGUCCACCCAAAGUUGGGGGGGGCAGAGGCCCUCGCUCUCCGGCCCUGGUGUGGGGGAGAGACUGGGGGAUGGGGAUCGGGAGUUGGGAGGGCUAUCUGAGAUUAAAGAGUUUUACCUCUGACAAAUAAG